CGCCAUGAAGCUGGUCCUGGGGUCGCCGACAGCACUCCUCGCCGACAGCACCCCUCGCCGACAGCACCCCUCGCUGGAUCUCCCUCGCCGCAUCCUCCUCGACAACACCAUGGGCGACGACUACUUCCGUAUGUGUCUGCCGCCGGCAGGGGUGCAGAGUCUCGCCGCGGUGUCGCCGUGCGCUGCCCUGCUAACAUGUUGCCCGUCCUGCAGUGGACCACAACCUUGCCAUCCCCUCACGAGCGGCUCGCUCGGGCACCCUCAAUCCCGACCUCGACCACUUCAUGCAUGACCAUGCUCCGCGGCUCGACGGACCGCAACUCCACGUUGAUCCACAGCAAUUCUUUCAUGUCGCAAACAUGUUUGGGUCGAUUCGGAGCCGCAUCCACCACGAAGAGCAUCCGGAGCAACAAGCGAUUCUUGACAACUUGAUUACCCAGCUUCUGGACGAGGCCAAUUCGAGUGGCAAAGGCAAGCCUCCGGCUUCGGCUCGAUUCAUCGAGACCCUCGCUUCUGUCAAAUCAAGCGAUCUUCCCAAAGACGCAUCGUGCUCCGUCUGUGUCGAGCCCUUCAACGAUACCGAGACCACGAACCGGCUCCCAUGCAGACACCACUUUCAUAAUGGAUGCAUUGUCCCUUGGCUGCAGCUCCAUAACACCUGCCCAAUCUGCCGGAGAGAGUUUCCGACCGACGACGAGGAGUACGAAAGGAAGAAGCGCGAAGCCGAGCACGCCAGGCUCGUGGCCGAGGCUCAGCAGGAGCAACUCGACAGCAUGUACGGCUAGACGCUAUUCAGAACGAAACGGGACAGUGUCCCAUUUGGGUUGUGGCUGUCGUUGGCUUUGGAAGCAUAGUCUUGGGAUACAAUAUGCAUUCGACCCUUUGGACAGCUCCGGUGGUUUCUCGAUGCCAAGACGGUCGGGGCGAACGAGUCGCUCGCCGUGCGUUCUGUUGCCAUAGCAUCUCUUGUGGUGGUGGAGCUGCUCAAGAUACUGGAUGAACCAGAGCCGCCAGGGUUCGACGGGAAUCCUUUCUGCGGACCCUCGUGUGAGUCGCUGAAUACAUGGACUUGACAUGUCCCCAACAGCAUAAGCAACGCCGGCUCUGCGAUCUGGCAACAGUGCAUCGACAUCAUUUGCCCCACAUGCCCACAUGCCAGCAACCAACCCGCCACACGAGGCAUGUCGAUGCACACGUGAUC